GUUCUUCGGCUUUGAUGGCCGCAAUUCAACUUGGUAUUGGUCAUUCAGUGGGAAGUUUAUCAGCCAAACCAGAGAGAGACGUCCUUUUACAAGACUUCGCCGUCGUCGAGAGUAUAUUUUUCCCAAGUGAGGGGAGUAACAUUACACCAGCACACAGUUAUCCAGACUUUAGAUUCAAGACAUAUGCACCAAUUGCCUUCCGAUAUUUCAGAGAACUGUUUGGAAUUCAACCGGAUGACUUCUUGAUAUCUCUGGUAGAUCAGGCUUUACGAGAGUUGUCUAAUCCUGGAGCUAGUGGAAGUGUCUUCUAUCUUACUGAUGAUGAUGAGUUUAUCAUUAAGACUGUACAACAUAAGGAAGCAGACUUUCUUCAGAAGCUGCUACCCGGUUAUUACAUGAAUCUGAACCAAAACCCGCGAACGUUACUACCCAAGUUCUAUGGAUUGUACACCUACCAGAGCGGAGGUCGUAAUAUUCGUCUGGUUGUUAUGAACAACUUGAUGCCAUCAGACAUUACAAUGCACCAGAAGUUUGACCUGAAGGGGUCAACAUACAAGAGGAAGGCUUCAAAAGCUGAGAGGCAGAAGAAAUCUCCAACAUUGAAAGAUUUAGAUUUUAUGGAAGUGCAUCCGGAGGGUUUAAUGUUAGACACUGCGACUUACAAUGCUCUGGUGAAGACACUACAGCGUGACUGUAGGGUCUUGGAAAGUUUUAAGAUUAUGGAUUACAGUUUACUGGUGUCAAUGCACAAUGUUGACCAAGCAGAGACUGAAAAGCGCAAUGAAAACAACAGUACAGACGGCAACACAGAAUCCAGAACAGCUGAUAUUCAGCAACCUCAACAGACCUCUGAGAUUAUUAAACGUCCAACGAUGCUCCGAAGUCUCUCAGAUUCAGGUUCGGCUGAAGAGCAUCAUGGAGAUAAACCACCUCACAGAUUAGAAAGAUCCAAGUCUUAUCUUAAUAAAUCCAAACGGCCUGCUUUCUCGACAACGAGAGAGGCGAUUCAAGGGCAUACGAAGGAAACAUGGGUGCCAGAAGAUGAAGAGGAACCGAAUGGUGGUAUUCCAGGCAAGAAUUUCAAAGGAGAACGUAUCGAACUGUUUAUAGGAAUUAUUGAUAUAUUGCAAUGCUUCAAAUUGAAAAAGAAAUUAGAACACACGUGGAAGAAAAUGGUGCAUGAUGGAGACACAGUUUCUGUUCACCGACCGAGCUUCUACGCCUCGCGCUUUCAAGAAUUUAUGUCCAAAACUGUCUUCAGGAAGAUGCCACCUUCCAAACAUUCUCCCUCUAAACGAAGAGGUUUUAAUUAUACUCCAUCAGUAGGGGGUAGUAGACCGAGAGCGCGCACCGUCCCAGCAGAACUGGCUGAUAAUCAGCAAGCUAAUCGGACACACGGGGGCAGUAUGACAGCAACGCUAGAAGCUGGCGGGUCAUUACCACAAGGCAGCCAAGGUGGUGCAAAGCCCAAGUUCGGUAGACCCGAUCUCGUUCCAAGUACUCCACCAAAUUAUGGUGAGGCCCUAGAAAUGGAGAGUGCACACCGGAAAACCGGCAACAGCAAGCGUCAAGAAGCCAUCGUUAAAUUUGAGAGUCCAACUCACAGCUCAUCUGACGGGGGUGUUGUAGAAAUUGAAGAUAUUACGAUAAGAACGGAGACGAUAGAAGAUCCUUUUGCUACGGAAGAACUUAAGCAGAAACUAAGGGAGAUGGAUGUAAAGUUUGACUACAACCAGAGGCCCACACUGACCACCAUGUUCCCAACGACCCCAACCACAACCCCAACAACAUCCCCUACAAUGACUCCUCCCUCCCUAUCCACCCCUCGUACCUACAGCGGUAGCAGUACCAUCGACACCCAGAGUGAAUCAUCACCUCGUAAGACGGCAGAUCUAUCGGAAGGAUCCCUCGAGGGGCUUCAAGAAUUAUCCAGCCCAGUCAGGGAAGGAGCUGUUGCCAUGACGAUACUCCAUAGUGAUAAAGAGGCAGAAAAUGUUGGGGCAUCGUCGUGAUGGUAAAAAAGGGGUGGAGCCGUCAUCCUGAGAAGAGCCAAUCAGCUUUCACAAUGACUGAUUGACAGCAAGUGGCAGCCAAUCAGAGUGCAUGAAUGGUAAAUCCCUUAACCAAUCAGGAGUUUGGAAUUACUAGGGGGCAUAAGUGAUCAUGUUGCCCAAUUUUAAAAAGACUGAAACAUUUUGGGGCAGGCAAGAUACUACACUGUUGAUAUACAUACAUGUACACACAAUUUUAGAUUUUGUAUUGUAACUCAAUAUAAAAUAACGUCUGAAACAGUGAAGAAAACAGUGUGCUAAUAUCCACUGUAGAAUUUUAGAAGUUUUUGUUGUGCCUGCAGGAAAUCUGACUAUGACUCUGUUGUAAAAAAUCUUGUUUCUCAAAUAACAUGGUCUGUGAAAUUAGCAGGAACAUUUCUGAACAUUCAAAUACUAAUUCCAAUCUCAAUUUGAUCAUCCAGGUUUUGUCUUGGAAAUCAUUUACCAAUUCCAAGCUCAAUUUGAUCAUGCAGAUAGUUAACAUUACAAGUCAUGGUUUUCUUUAGAUAUGUAGUCUUUUCAUUCCUCCCCAGAAAUAAGAAAUCUAUGGAGCAUUGGAAGUGCCAUCUGACAUGUUGAAAUCCUGAGAUAAUUUCCUUGAAGAUGGUAACAUCAAAAACGAAAGAUGACAACAUCCUGAGAUGGUAUAUCUCAAGAUGACAACAUCCUAAAGUAAGAUGACAUCUUCCCGAUAUAUUUUAUAUAAGGAUGUUGACAUCAUGAAGUAAAUGAUUACUUUCCAAUAUUAUUAUCUCAGGAUGUUGUCUUCCUGAGCGUAAGACAUCUACUUCCCGAGAUAAUCCAUUAUGGGAUUGUAACAAUUAUCCUGAAAAUGUCAAGAACCCAAGAUAAAUUAUCUUUGGGAAGAAAACAUUCUCAAGACAUCAUCCCAAGAUCAAUUUACUGCAGUUAGAUGAUGACAUCCUGAGAAAAUUGAUCUCAAUUCUCAAGACGUCAUCAAGAUGUCAUCAUCCCAAGAUCAAUUUUCUCAGGAUGUCUUCAUUUUACUGCAGUAAAUUAUCCCACAAUUUCAAAAAGUUGGAUGGCACUUACAAAGCUCCGAGAUAUCAGUAUGUUAGAGAAGAAAGACUUGUUGGACACAACUCUUUGACCAAAUGUUUAAAGAGAAUACAAUCCAGAAUGUCAAAUAUAUGGUUUUGUUAGAACUUCAUGAGUUGAAUUAAGUACUUUACAAAUCUCCACAAAUCAGUUAACAUUGCGCACAAAUCUGAAAAAUGUUUUACAUCUCUGUUAUCUUGCUGUGUGAUAUUAAAUUGUAAAUCUGUUCCAAAUAAUUUUUGGGAAAAGUAAAGAAAAUUUGUAAUACAUUUUUGAAAAACAGAUGAAAAAGCUAGCAUGAGUUCAAAAUACUCUGUUAGUUAGGGGGUGGCCGUUUUUUCAGACGGUUCCCAGUUAAUACUUAAAUGUUUUUGUUUGAUCUCAAAUUGGGAAUAAAUAAGUUAUGAUAAGCAUGUCCAAAUUAGGAUGAAUCGAUUGCUGACAAAUCUGAUACUAAAUCUGAUAAAAUUACACAAAUAUUGUUUACCUGUUUACCGGUUUAACUACUGACUGUUUUAAAUGUUGACUGGUUUAACUGCGGACUGGUUUAACAGUUGACUGGUUUAACUGUUGUCUGGUUAAACUGUUGACUGGUUUAUCAGUUGAUCGAUUUAACUACUUACUGGUUUAAGUGUUGACUGGUUUGACUGUUGACUGGUUAAACAGUUGACUGGUUUAACAGUUGACUGGUUUAACAGUUGACUGGUUUAAUAUUUGACCGGUUUAACUGUUGGCUGGUUUAAUUGAUGACAGGUUAUUGAGCCUGUGAGUUUUAGUUUGCUAUAUUAGCAACUGUAUUAUUUAUAUUUCACAGUUAAUCUUUUGAAACUGUUAUGAUUGAUAGAACUUUAAAAACCAUUACAUCAAGAUGAUAAAUUUAUACAUUAAAUUUAUAUUAUUAUCGUUAAAGCCAUUGGACCCUUUCGGUACAGAAAAAAAAAAGGUAACAGAUUUACAAAU